AAAGUCAGCUGGUUAUAAUCAUUGACACGUGUGUUUGUUUACGAAUGGUGAUCAAUUAUCACGUUUUUUUCCUUACAAUCCUUACAUGUUUAGUAGUAAUUCAACACAGAAUAAAAUGAUUUGCCUUCGUAAUUAAAUUGAAUCUCGGACCAUAGUCUUUUAUAAAUACCAAAUACUUGAUUUUUUAGCUUCAAAACGUGUCGUCUGCGUCCGUAACGACACAAAAUUGUCACACAGUUAUGUGGCUUGCUUGAUUUUUCUCCCUUCUUACAUUAGAAAUAAGUUUAAUUUUUAUGAUAUCAGUGACUAUAUCUCAACAUAGUAUGCACCAUAAAAACAAUAUUAUUGAAGUAAUUCUUGAAUUCAGUAAUACCGAGUACAUGAGUAUUUUACUCUAUGCUGCAGGAAACGUAAAUCUGCAGUCAUUCUUUUACUUCUGAGUACACAAGAUAAAACGUCUUACUCAUCUCAGACAGUGGGGUGACCUUGGACUGGCGUGCAGAGUCAUUUAAGAUAACUAGGAAUAUAGCUUUCACAAGCCUUUUCUCUCAUGAGCACGGAGCUGCUUUCCGGCAGAUUGCAACCACAGCGAGGGAAAAAUGUCUUUGAAAAAUGUUAUUAUCAGUUACUGUUUUGCACUGUACUACGGAUUGAUCGUCUGUGCUCACGUGUUCUGGAAGUGGCUGAAAAACCCUUCGAAAAAUGUCUUUGCAGUGAAGGAGAGGCCCGAACCACCGCCUUGUCUUCUUGACCCGGCGUACGGUUCUCAUUGUUACGUUACAGUCAACGGCAUCAAAAUCCACUAUGUUGAGAAAGGAGACAAAUCGAAACCACUUAUGCUGUUUUUGCACGGGUUCCCAGAAUUUUGGUAUUCAUGGCGGUACCAAAUUAAAGAGUUCAGCAAAGAUUAUUGGACCGUUGCAAUGGACAUGCGAGGUUAUGGCGACUCGGACAAACCUUCUGGGAUUCACAACUAUCAAGUGAAGUACCUCGUUGAUGAUGUUGUAAAGGUUAUUGAAGCUUUAGGCCGUGAGAAGUGCGUCCUGGUGAGCCACGACUGGGGCGGAGCGGUGGGCUGGACCAUGCUGGCGGUCCACCCGGAGAAGCUGGAGCGAUACGUCGUCAUGAACGCCCCGCCGGGCUCCGUGUUCAGCAAGCUGCUCGCCACCAACAAGGCCCAGUUCCGCAAGUCCUGGUACAUGUUUUUCUACCUCCUGCCCAUCCUCCCGGAACUGUUUAUCCGAUCGUGGGAUAUGAAAAUAUUUGACAGAGUAUUCAAAAAGAAAACAUCUAACACACCAACGGUCACUGAAGAAGACAUCGAAGCCUUCAAAUACACCUUUAGCAAAGAAGGAGCAUUUACCGGCCCUUUGAACUACUAUCGGGCCUUCAUACGGGGAGUAGGCACUUCUUCAUCUUUGAAACGAAAGCCUGUUGAAGACCCACCAAGAGGAUUGUUCCUGUUUGGGGAAAAAGAUGAUUUCAUCGAACUUGUGGUGGUUGAAAUGGCUGAGAAGAGCAUAAAGAACCUUUCCACAAAAAUAGUGAAAGACGCGAACCACUUUGUGCAGCAGGAUGAACCUGUGAUUGUCAACAAAUUGAUGAGAGACUUUCUGAAUGAAAAAUAAUCAUGAUUAUUUUUUAUAAAAAGGUUUUCUACAAAUUAUUUUGUAAGAUAUUUUUUGUAAGAUAUUCACAACUGCAUUUUUAGUAAAAUUAUAGUUCCGUAAAAACUAA